AUGUCCUCUACAAAAAGAAAACGCUCGCCGGCGGCCUUGCGCCCACCUCUCAUCACACCCCGCACUACAAAAUCGAGACCUGCUUUCGAACCUCGGACGACAAGUGCACCAUCCCCCUUCCAGCGAAGUCCAGUUUAUCCAUCAUCUUCAGCAGCAAAACAACUGCGAACUCCGUUCCGCACUGAGACACAAUAUGAAGCAAAUUAUUCGGAAAGUUCCAUUGACGAUGAUCUUGGUCAUGUCAUCGUCGCCAUCGACAUCAAGGACUAUGGGACGGUAGGCUGUGCUUAUUACUCCGCGGAAUGUGAGAAGAUGUAUCUGCUUGGCGACAGUCGAUCGGGUGGAAUGGAAACAAUCGAUACUUUGAUCGCCCAGAUAAAGCCCACUGUGAUAUUGAUACCCCCUCGAGUUGACCUAUCAACCAUCCAGGGUCAAAGUCAGAGUCUGGCACACGAGAAUGAUUCAUCAUCCUAUUUACCCUACCAGGUGGACGUUCGUCCCACACAAGACUUUAGUUACUCCAACGCAAAAAACAGACUGGUCGCCCUAGAAGCAUCAUCAUCCCACGAGGAUCGACUCCGUUUCUUUGUGCCCCACAGUGGCCUUACUGGGCCUGACGAAAUGAGCCCCGAGGACUUGGGAUUCACCCUCCAUGAAGGACGACUCCUUCACAUAUCCAGCACCAUCGACAUGGAGAACCCCGUAACAAUUGGAUGUGCUGGAGCACUCCUCACAUACCUACAGAAACGCAAAGCCGCAAGCACUGGCAUGGAAAUCAUCAAUAGCUGUGCAUUCCGAGUGCGAUUCUUGGAGAUGUUCAGUUUAAAGGAUACAAUGUGGAUUGGAAGCAACGCUUUACUAUCUCUUCAAGUCUUACAAUCUGAGUCACAUCCCAACAUGUUCAAUCAAGGUCCAGGAAACAAGUCGACAUCCGGAAAAGAAGGCCUUUCAGUUUAUGGGAUAUUUCGGCGCUUUGCUUACACACCUCAAGGCAAAGCUAGGCUCAAGCAGCUUUUCUUUCGCCCAACCUUGAGCCUUAGUGUCAUCAGGGAAAGACAGGACUUUAUCGGCGUGCUUUCACGACCGGAUAACAUGGCUGCUUUGGAGAAGAUGACAAAGGCACUGAAGCAUAUUAAGAAUCUCCGGCCCGCAAUGAUUAAUCUUCACAAAGGGAUCAGUACGGGAAGUGGGAAAACCACUGGAUUCAAGGCAACAGUGUGGGAGAGCUUACUGGCUUUUGCUUUUUACGCAAUUGACAUUCAUGUCGCUCUGCAGGAGACCUCAGGAGCUGAUACGCUGCUUCUCAGAACAAAGGCAUUUCGAGUAUUCGAAGCAGCACAGCUUCACAGGGUGGGGCGGAUGAUCCAAGAGAUAGUUGACAUUGACAAUUCUGACGAGCAAGGAAGAACUGUGGUCAAGCAGGGUCUCGACCGGGAGCUUGAUCGAAUGAAAGACCGAUAUGAUGGGCUGGACAGUCUCCUUAAGCAUGUGGCUAUCGAUAUUGCAACGACGAUUCCAGAAGAUAUGGGGGUUGAUGUGAACGUAAUUUACUUUCCUCAACUUGGGUUCAACAUCGCUAUCCCACUUAAUGACAAUAGCGAGUCUGCAUAUUGCGGACCCCAUGGAGAUUGGGAACUGGUUUUCAUCACAGAAACCCGGGCCUACUUCAAAGACUUUCGCAUGAGAGAAUUGGAUGAAAAACUGGGAGAUAUUUACGGACUCAUCUGUGAGAAAGAAAUUGAGAUCGUCUAUGAUCUGGCUCAAAAAGUACUUCAAUACGAAAAUGUGCUGGUGGAGGCGUCAGAUAUUUGUGGAGAAAUCGACUGCGAGCUAGCUCUCACCCAGGCAGCCAGCUUUUACAGAUUGACUCGACCGAGAAUGGUAUCGGAAAAUGUUAUCAAAAUCAAAGGCGGCCGACAUAUGUUGCAAGAGAUGACUGUUUCUUCUUACGUUCCAAACGAUACACUCCUCGCAGGAGGAAUGCAACAACAGGGAGAGGAUAAUGACGUUCCUAGUAUGUUGUUGCUGACUGGGCCAAAUUACUCGGGGAAGAGCGUCUACAUGAAGCAGGUCGCUCUUAUCGUGUAUCUCGCCCAGAUAGGAAGCUUUGUCCCUGCAGACAGUGCAGAGUUGGGGAUAACGGACAAAAUCCUGACGAAAAUCAAUACCCAAGAAAGCGUUUCAAAGAUUCAGAGCACCUUUAUGAGCGACCUACAGCAAAUUUCUCUUUGUCUGAGGCAAGCUACUAGCAGGAGUCUGGUACUUAUCGACGAGUUCGGUAAAGGGACCAAUGAAAGUGACGGCAUCGGCCUGGCAUGUGGGGUAUUUGAGCAUUUGCUGGGCCUUGAGGAUUCUCCGAAGGUCCUUGCUGCCACCCACUAUCAUGAGAUUUUCGAGAAUGACUUCCUUGCUUUGCGGCCAAAACUACAACUAGGACACAUGGAAGUCAAAGUCUGUGAAGAGUCUCAACAGGUGGAAGACCAAGUCACGUACCUUUACAACUUUCGCGAGGGACGAAGCAACAAAAGUUUCGGUACCAUUUGUGCAGCAAUCAAUGGUAUCGAUGCAUCUAUUAUCUCCCGCGCCAAUGAGAUCGGCUCUCUUGCUGCCCGAGGCGAGAAUCUAAUCGCCGCAUGUGCCGCCAUAUCCGCAGAAGAGAUGCAAGCACUUCAGAUUGCGGACUCUCUAGCAAGAAAAUUUCUCGCGAUAGACCUCACGGAUGAAAGCGAGUCGCAACAGGACGCGAAAGCAAUUCUAGAAGGCCUAUUUGACACUACAGAUCAAGAGAACAAAGGAUUAUCAGCCUAA